AUGCGGUUCAUAACACGCUCCGCUUCUUCAUUCUCCCUUCUCGCCGCCCUUGCAAUCCUCUCGCAAACGGCCUGGGCGACAUCAAAUAAUCUCGAAUGCCUCCACACACGGCAUUCCGAGCUGGCAAACCGCGCAUCAUGCGGUGACAGGGGCAGCAUCGCCUACUGUCUCUCAGAACUGCCCACCGGCUUCCACGACACCGACUUGAAGACAUGCUUCGUCCACGCGGGCUGUCAACCCGAGGAGGCACAGAUCGAGGCACUAUGGACUCUGGCGCGGUGCAGUGUCCCCGUGGCUGGAGACCUGCGUAAACGCCAGCCGCUAUACCGCCGUGACGACGCAACGACAACCGCCGCAGCGGCAACCCAGACCGACGGCGGGCACGCCACGAUCGUCUCGAACGGGGUGACCUCGACGGUGGCCUGCAUGGCGACGUCGACAGUCAGUACGACGAGCUGCCCGAAGCAGUCGACGGGCACCGCGGCCGGCAAGACGCUGUCGUGCUUCCCGACGACGGUCUUGACCACCAAGUGCGCGUCGGGGAUGCUGUGCGACAAGGACGGCAACGGCGCGUCGGUGUGCAUGCGCAAGGACGACAGCUUCCACGCCGCGGGCGUCGUCAUCAGCCUCUUCUUCGCCGUCGCGCUGACCGCCACCCUCGGCGCCAUCCUCUACAAGUGCUGCCGCGAGGGCAGCACCCAGAAGCGCCUCGUCGCCGCCGCCGAGGCCGCCCAGAUCGCCCGCGACGCAAAGAACGCCGCCGCCAACAAGAAGCGCCCCAGCGUCGCCGCCCGCAGCGUCAGCGAGCAGAGCGCCGACAGCCAGCCGCUCAUCUACCCGCCUCCCUCCGGCGCCCCGCAGGUGUAUAUCCAGCCGCAUGAGGACGAGUACGAGGGCGUGCAGGAGUAUGAUGCGCAUGGCAAUCCGUUCGGCGAUCAUCAUCGGAUGGGCUAA